UUUGUCAAGGGGCACAACUCUCAGAAUAUUCUCGACGAAUGCGAGUGUGUUUGUAAACAACAGUCAAAAAUGGAAGCAGCUCCUCAGGACUUUUCUGUGAUAACACAGAGCGUGGUGACUGUAAAUGUAUCAAGUUCUCUCAAUAGCUUCGGUAGUGAGAGAAGAUUUCAGAAGAAUUUACAGAUAAAGGAUUUGAAGGACAAGUUAGUUUUGCUAACAGGUGCCGGUGUUAGUACAAUGAAACUAGAGCUGUUUAACAAGGAAGAUAAACUAGUGUGUCCUUUAGAUAAUGAUGAGGCUCUACUCGGCUCAUACCCAAUUGAUGAUGGCAUGAGAAUUCAUGUAAAUGAUCCAUCUGCAAAAGUGGGAGAGUUUGAAGAUGUGUCAAAAGUUGAGAAAUUUGAAAUAAGUGCUGAUGAAUAUGAAAAAAGAGCAGAUUCUGUAAGAGCAUUUAAAGAAAGAAAUAAGUUAGGAAGAUUUAAAGAAAUAUCUCCAGAGGAACAGCAAAGGUUGGAUGAGGAGAAGAGGUUGAAGGAAGAACAAGAUAAAGCAAAGGUGGAAAGCAUGAAAAUUGGAGACAGAUGUGAGGUCCAGGUUGCAGGACAGCCAAAAAGAAGAGGCUGUGUUCAAUAUGCAGGUAUUGAAACAAAAUCAUUUCCAA